CCAAACAGAUUGGUAUCUGAAUCUCGGAGGAAGGCAACAACCUCCCUUUACGAUCUCCUUCUCUCUUUUAUUUCCUCCGGAAAAGAUCAUUGAAUAGAUAACGGAAAAAUCGUGAGAAGAACGAGAAAAACGUAGCGGCCACGAGAAGUUUCCGGUUGAUAUCCCGGAAACGGCCGUGGGUCUCUCGGCUGAAGUAAAAGCCGGGACGAAAGAAAAGGACACAAGACGGAAGAGUGUGUGGUUAUGUGCUAGUGAGACUCAGGCAAAAAGACAUACCCAAGACAUAGAAAACACUAAUCUAGUCACGAUGACCAACAGCAUGAAGCAAACGGUUAUCAAAAACCCAACAUGGUGGAAGAGGCGGUCCGGUUUGGAACGCGGAUUAACGGUGAUAGCGGUUUCCGGGUUCCUCCUGUGCAUCGCUUUGGCGGUCGCCCUCGGAAUUUUGGCGGCCAACACGACAUGCAACACCAAAUCCGAUACUGUUAACGUAGAGAUGCUACCAUCCACAGCCGAGGCGUUAAGCGGUUUGGAAACAUCGAAGAACAUAACAACACUGAUGGCGAAAUGCAAUGAUGUCUGUUUAACAUCUGAAUGCAUUCACACAGCCUCUAACGUAAUAAAAAAUAUGGAUCCUAAUGUGGAGCCCUGUGAUGACUUUUACAAAUUCGCCUGCGGUGGAUUCUUAGAAUCCACAAUUAUUCCCGACGAUAAAACUAGCGUGACUGCGUUCUCUACUAUCGUUGAUGAUCUCGAGGAACAACUGCGACUCAGCAUUGAGGAAGAAAGUCCUCCAAACGAGCUGAGACCGUUUAGGCUUGCCAAAGACUUCUACAAGGCCUGCAUGAACAAAACCGCUAUCGAGGCGAGAGGCUUGACACCAUUAUUGAACAACCUAAAAAAACUCGGUGGCUGGCCCGUUCUGGAAGGCGAGAAAUGGAAUGACGGCGACUUCACUUGGAAAGAUUCCGUUUACAAAUUCCGGAGAUUGGGCUAUUCAGUGGAUUACUUCAUCGAUUUCGGCGUCAGUGUCGACUUGAAGAACAACUCUAGGCGUUUGAUCGACCUCGAUCAAGCAGCGCUUGGACUCUCGCGCGAAUAUCUGUCGAAAGGCUUCAACGAGAAAAUCGUCCAGGCAUAUUACAAGUACAUGGUGGAUAUUGCUGUAAUUCUCGGAGCCGAUUCUGACCGAGCCCGCACAGAAUUAAAAGAAUCACUUGAAUUUGAAAUAAAGCUUGCAAAUAUCUCUCUGCCCAAUGAGAAACGGCGCAACGUGACUCUUCUCUACAAUCCCAUGACUGUGAAUGAGCUGUCCUUAGCCUAUUCUAAUAUACCGUGGUGGGAAUACUUUAACACCAUCCUCGCACCGCAAGCACAACUAACUCAGGACGAGAUAGUUAUUGUGAAUGUACCCAGCUAUCUAAAGGACUUCGAACAACUAAUCAGUACGACGCCAAAAAGGGUGCAGGCAAACUAUGCACUUUGGAGAGCAACUGCUGCGUCGAUCAGCUAUCUAACGGAUGACAUCCGCAAGAGGCAACUCAAAUAUACAACGGAGUUAAACGGCAAAACAGACUCGAUGUACGUAAGAAAGUACUUUAAGGAGGAUGCGAAAAAAACCGCGCUCGAAAUGGUCGACGAUAUCAGGCAGGAAUUCACAAAGAUUCUGAAGAGGGUGGACUGGAUGGAUGAGAAGACCAGAAAAAAUGCUUUAGAAAAAGCAGCCGAUAUGACUUCACAUAUUGCCUAUCCAAAUGAAUUGUUGGACGACAGAAAGCUUGAAGAAUUUUAUCAGGGACUUGAAUUGAGUGCUGACGAUUAUAUGGGUAGCAUUUUUAACUUAUCUAUUUUUGGAACGAAUUUCUCAUUUGGCAGGCUAAGACAGCCAGUAAAUAAGACAGAAUGGAUAAGUCAUGGAAGGCCAGCUGUCGUCAAUGCGUUUUACUCGUCGAUUGAGAACAGUAUUCAAUUCCCCGCGGGUAUUUUGCAAGGCAUAUUUUUCAACAAUGAUCGGCCACAUUACAUGAACUAUGGCGGCAUCGGCUUUGUUAUUGGCCAUGAGAUUACCCACGGCUUUGACGAUCAAGGUAGACAAUUUAAUAAGGAAGGUAAUCUCGUUGACUGGUGGGAGUCAGAGACGAAGAAGCGUUAUCUCAAGAGAGCCGAAUGUAUAAUUCAUCAGUAUGGAAAUUAUUCCGUGAAAGAAGUUGGAUUGAACCUGAAUGGGAUAAACACACAAGGUGAAAAUAUCGCGGACAAUGGUGGCAUAAAGGAGGCCUAUUAUGCAUACAAAGAAUGGGUCAAACGAAACAAGCCGGAGCGGAGAUUACCGGGUCUGCCGUAUAGCCCAGAACAAUUGUUCUGGAUAAGUGCAGCUAAUUCUUGGUGCAGCAAGUAUCGACCGGAAGCACUAAAGCUGCGAAUUACGACUGGCUUCCACAGCCCAGGCGAAUUCCGCGUUCGAGGACCGUUGUCGAACAUGGAGGAAUUCUCGCAUGAUUUUAAUUGCCCGAUUGGCUCCAGAAUGAACCCCGAGAAGAAAUGUACCGUGUGGUAGAUCUCAGUAUCCUGCCAUAGCGACAUUGCCGCAGCAGAGAAUAUUUUAUCAGUGACGCUACUCGAAAGCAAGAACUGAAAUUUCGCUAUAAUACAGAGUAUGCAAAAAGGAAGCAUUCUCCACAGGGAAAUCCAUGGAGAUCGAAUCGACCUGCCUCACCUUAGACAUGUGGGAUAUAUAUUAUGUAUUGUCUUUAAUAAAUUUUUAUAAGAAGUGUCGCGGGACGCAUGUACGUGUAAAUAGAAAGAAACUGAAAUAACGUCGGGUUUGAAAAUUAAUUAAUUAUACAAAGUUUGAUUGCUUAAUUAUUUUUAAUACUAAAGCAUUAGUGAUUCCUAUACCAAUGACAAUAUUUGUCAAAGGUUUUAGAUUAUUACGGAGAAUAUUAAGUUAAAUUGUCUAGAGUGCUCUAAUGUAGUUGAAGAUUUUCAAGUUUGAAGAUUUUUAUGGUUGACAUGUAUGGUAAAAAAUGUUGGCAGCUUUAUUAAGAAUUUGCUUUUUAUCCUUUUUUUUAUUGUUGAUUGCUUUGUUAAAUUUGCUUCUUAUUGUUAGAAUAAAUUUUAAAGUAUUUUAUUGACACGGAGAUGAAUAGCAAUGUGGUACACACUGAUAUAGAAUGAGCCGCAAAAUCAAUAACGAGAAAGAAAUAUGAAUAGAACCGGCAUGAAUAUUUUUCAAUAAAAGAGGAUA